UAUAUAUAGAGAGAGAGAGAGAGAGCUCAGAAAGAUGAGACCUAAUUAUAGUAUCAGUAUCGACCACACAGAUCAAUAUCCUAUGGUAGUUGAAUAUAGUAUUCCCAUUCCUUUGUAAAUGUGAAAAGCCAACUUAGAUUCCUCGGCUGCAGCCAUGCUCGCCACUCACACAAUCUCCCUUCCUUCUUCUUCUUCAGCACCUACAAAUACCCAUGGCGUCACCACCACCGCCAAGAGGAAGCGAAAGCCCGCCGGAACUCCAGAUCCUGAUGCAGAAGUGGUGUACCUUUCUCCGGAGACGUUAAUGGAGUCCGACCGCUACGUGUGCGAGGUCUGCAACCUGAGCUUCCAGCGGGAGCAAAACCUGCAGAUGCACCGCCGCCGCCACAAGCUGCCGUGGACCCUCCACAAGAACGAGCGGCCGCCGCACGAGGCGGCGGCCGCCGCCAGGAAGCGGGCGUACGUCUGCCCGGAGCCGAGCUGCGUCCACCACGACCCCGCGCAUGCACUGGGCGACCUCGUCGGGAUAAAGAAGCACUUUAGGAGGAAACACACUAACCACAAACAGUGGGUCUGCGAGAGAUGCUCUAAAGGCUACGCCGUCCACUCCGACUUCAAAGCUCACCUCAAAACCUGCGGCACCCGCGGCCAUUCCUGCGACUGCGGUCGUGUCUUUUCUAGGGUUGAAACAUUUAUUGAGCAUCAAGAUUCAUGCAAAUCGAGAAGAAAAGAAAGCGGCGGCGAUCGUCUCCAUCCGCCAUUAAAACCGGCAGCUUUCUUCCCACCAAUCUUCAACCUGAAUCUCAAUACUACUGCUGAACCUCAUUCACAAUACAGAUUAAUCUCCGAGAGAAGAACAGAAGCUACAUCAGCGAAAGAAUUGAUAAUAUUCCCAGUGCAUAAAGACGGAAAUAAUCUAUCUUCACCUUCUUCUUCUUCUCCCCAUCGCCAUACCCUGGAGCUGCGAGAGCUCUUUCCAUCCAAGAAAAACGAAGAAGCAACAGCUAAUUCCGCCGCCAUUGACGACGAAGAAGAAGAUCAUAACACGCUGCUGCGGCGAGCGUUGAUUCUGAGAAAUGAGACUAAAGCGGUGAUGAAAGUGGCGAUGGAGCAGAAGGCGAAGGCGGCGGAGAAGAGGAAGCAGGCGAGGGUUCUAAUGGAGAUGGCGAACCAGGAAAUGGAAAGAGCAAAGAAGAUGAGAGAACAAGCGUUUGUGACUCAGAUCAGAAACGCGCAGCUGCUGCAGAAAGAUCGUUUAACAUGGCAGAUGCUGAUCGGUUCAUCCAGCGGCGCCGCCCAACACAGAAUAACGACGUGCGAUUCCUGCAAGCUCAACCGCAGCACCAAAGCCUUCCAAGAAUCGGCGGUGAACUAUUACUUUCCCCCUGCCAUUACACAUGGUGAAAAUGGGGACAACAACACCCUAAUGUUGUUUCGACCGCCCUAAAUUGCACCCUAAUCUCGAGAUCCUCGGGAUAUUCUAAUUCCCACAUUGUAUCUUGUACCAUGGAUUUAGUUGCUUAGCCAUGUCAAAUCUGUCACUUCCUCCGACACUUUUGUAAUACAAUGUUAAGAAUAAACAAAUGUUUUUUAGUAGUGA